UUUGGACAUCCGGAAGUUUAUAUUUUAAUUUUGCCUGGGUUUGGAUUAAUUUCUCAUGUAAUUUUUAAUGAAAGAGGAAAAAAAGAAACAUUUGGAAAUUUUGGAAUGAUUUAUGCAAUGUUAGGAAUUGGAUUUCUAGGAUUUAUUGUAUGAGCUCAUCAUAUAUUUACUGUUGGGUUAGAUGUUGAUACUCGAGCUUAUUUUACUUCUGCAACAAUAAUUAUUGCCGUUCCUACAGGAAUUAAGGUAUUUAGAUGAAUAGCAACAUAUUAUGGAGUAAAAAUUAAAUUAAACCUUUCCAUUAUUUGGUCAUUGGGAUUUAUUUUUUUAUUUACUACAGGUGGACUUACAGGAAUUAUAAUAUCAAAUUCAUCAAUUGAUAUUAUUUUACACGAUACAUAUUAUGUUAUCGCUCAUUUUCACUAUGUUUUAUCAAUGGGAGCUGUUUUUGCUAUUAUUACAAGAUUUAUUUAUUGAUUUCCUGUUUUUACUGGUUAUUAUUUAAAUUCUAAAUUACUCUACAUACAAUUUACAUUUAUAUUUAUUGGAGUAAAUUUAACAUUUUUUCCUCAACAUUUUCUUGGUUUAAUAGGAAUACCACGUCGAUAUUCUGAUUACCCAGAUUCUUAUUAUUGUUGAAAUAUUAUAUCUCCAAUUGGAGCUAUUAUUUCAUUAAAUAGAUUAGUUUUAUUUAUUUAUAUUAUUUUAGAAAGAUUAUUUAAACGAAUAAUUAUUUUUAAAUACUCUCAAUCAUCUCUUGAAUGAUUACAAAUUUACCCUCCAAUAGAUCACUUAUAUAAUGAACUACCAAUUAUUAUAAAUAAAAAUUUAGUAUAAUUAAUUUAAUAUGGCAGAAAAAGUGCAAUGAAUUUAAGAUUCAUAAAUAAAAUUAUUUUUUAUUAAAAAUUUCUCAUUGAAAAAUAAUUUCAUUUCAAGACCCAAAUUCACCUUUUGCAGAUAAUUUAAAU